GAGGACUGUCGCGUUAUAAUGACGUUUAUUUACGACCCCAUGUGAAAAAAUUGGAUUUUCAUGGGAUAUGUGAUAUCGAUUAGCUCUUUUAUUAAUACAUUUUGUUUCAUUUUUCCUUUAUGAAUGACUUAAUUUAGCUGCUAACUAAUUUUCAAAUAUCGAAAAUUAAUCUGGGCUGCAAGCAACAUUUCUAGUCUAUAUCAGACAUUUCGUAUUUUGUCCAUUGCCGUUACACGUGGAGUAAUGAAAAUCAUGAAGCGACCGAAUAUUCUUCUAACAGGAACCCCCGGAGUAGGAAAAACCACACUAGGGAAGGAACUAGCACAGAGAACGGGGCUGACGUAUAUCAACGUGGGUGAUCUAGCACAGGAAGGAGAAUUAUAUGAUGGUUUUGAUGAUGAAUACCAGUGUCCUGUGUUAGAUGAGGAUAGGGUGGUUGAUGAGCUGGAGGACAGGAUGAAUGAAGGUGGGGUGAUUGUGGACUACCAUGGCUGUGAUUUCUUCCCCGAGCGGUGGUUCCAUAUAGUAUUUGUACUGCGCACAGACAACUCUCAACUGUACACCCGCCUAGAGAGCAGGGGUUACUCGGGGAAGAAGCUUCAGGACAACAUCCAGUGUGAGAUCUUCCAGACCAUUUAUGAGGAAGCCAUGGAGGCUUAUAGACAAGAGAUUGUCCACCAGCUGCCUAGCAACAAGCCAGAAGACCUUGAAAACAAUCUAGAACAGAUUGUUCAGUGGAUAGACCAAUGGAUAAAGGAUAACAACUGAAGGCCUUUGCAUGUGCACAGUAGCUUAUUACAUUCCCUCAGCUGGGAAUGCAUAGUUAAGUUUAAAUAUUAAAUAUUAUCAAUUAUGAAAUAUGUCAUGGAUGCAUGGAGAAAAUGUCAGUUUUCUCAUUCUGAACAUGAACACCAUUAUGUGCUAUACUUAUCAGUGGAAUGUUUGAUCCACUUUACAUGAUAGCUCAAAUUCAAAAAAUGCUUCACUUUCUGCUACUUCCAUGUAUACUCUGAAGCCAGUAUUUCCAUUGGGUGACUGGCAGAGAAAUAAAUAAUGAAUUUGCCGUCAUGCUGUAAACCAGAGAUAACAGCAGUUUAGUACCAAAGGAGUGCAGUUCAAGUAACGUACUGAGUGUUUUACAAUCAGCUUCUCAAACAUUUACUGUUAUGAGGUGUUGGUACUACAGGGUGAUAAUUAAACUAGGAGGCAGUUGACUUAAUUGGCACAGAUAAUGGCAGCCUGGAGACAGAUGGACAGUUUAGGCCCAAAAUCAGUAUUUCCCCUAAUAAUUUAUAUACAAAGUGUUGAAAUAUGGUCUGGUUUUAUUCAUUUAUUUUUUCGUCAUUGGAUUAUAUGUGCCAACAAGAGGACUUAGUUUGUGAAAUACUUAAAUUCUCCACAAAUUGGCUUAAGAUGGUAUUCACCUGAAUAUUAUAUAUAUAUAUAUAUAUAUAUAUAUAUAUAUAUAUAUAUAUAUAUAUAUAUAUAUAUAUAUAUAUAUAAUUUGCAUUUAAAUAAACAACAGGGCGAACUGUUCUUAUACUGCAAUAUAAUUAUGUUCAUUUUCAGUCUUUUAUAGAAAAUGAAAUGCAUAUUUUGUCUGUACAUGGGUUUGAAUAUAGAUGGCUUAUUAAAAACUUUAAAGGCACAAUAUUGAUGGAUGCAAGAUAAUUGGUUUCCUUAUAAGAAUGCCUUAUGCUGCUUUGAAAAAGCAAAAAGUCUGAUUCAUCUAUGGCUUUUACAAAUACAUCACUGAUUGCAAAUUAAACGUUUGCUAUAUCUUGUGA